GGCCUGACCAAUUGUUCCAUCUCUCUUUCUCUCUCCCUCUCGCUCCCUCCCUCCCCGAAUCGCAGAAUGGGUCGGGGUCGUCACUCAUCGGAUUUCGUGGAUCGUUAUGGUUAUGAUUUGCUUCUUGGAUCCGUUGCUGCGUUUUACGUCUUUAUGGUACCGUACACCAAGGUGGAAGAAAGUUUCAAUGUUCAGGCAAUGCACGACGUUUUAUACCAUAGGCAUCACUUGGAGGAUUAUGACCAUUUGGAGUUCCCUGGAGUUGUUCCGCGAACGUUCAUUGGUGCCAUCCUUGUAUCAAUUUUGGCAUCUCCAGCAGUAUCAGUGAUGAGUUUGCUCCACUUGCCAAAGAUUUAUAGUCUCUUUGCAGUUCGUCUGGUGUUAGGUUGCAUCAUCUUGUGGACAAUCAGAUAUUUUCGUAUUCAGAUUAGGAAGAAGUUUGGAGGACAAGUUGAAGCUUUCUUUGUGAUUUUGACUGGAAUCCAGUUUCAUGUGCUCUUCUACUGCACACGUCCUCUUCCAAAUAUAAUGGCACUUGGUUUGGUCAACCUGGCUUAUGGUAAUUGGUUGAAGGGGCACUUUUAUGCAGCAUUAAACUGUCUGAUUUUUGCUACACUCAUAUUUAGAUGCGACACACUGUUACUGCUUUGCCCUCUGGGCUUAGAGCUUCUGCUGACCAAAUCAAUUACGUUGUGGAAAGCGUUGAAAUGCUGCAUUGGAACUGCUUUGUUUUGCAUAGGUCUUACUGUGCUGGUAGAUACAAUUAUGUGGAAGAAGUUCGUGUGGCCUGAGUUUCAAGUUUUAUGGUUCAACUCCGUCUUGAACCGAAGUUCUGAAUGGGGUACACAUCCCUUCCAUUGGUAUUUCACUUCAGCACUUCCCCGUUCGUUGCUUGCAGCAUAUCCUCUUUUUUUGCUCGGGGUUUUCCUUGAUAGAAGGGUUGUGUUCUACAUUCUUCCAGUUGUUUCAUUUGUUUUGCUUUACUCCAAGCUUCCACACAAGGAGCUUCGGUUUGUGAUUAGUUCUGUUCCAAUUUUCAACUUAUCAGCAGCAAUUGCAGCUAGUAGAAUCUACAACAACAGGAAAAAGAGUUUUUGGAAAUUGCUUCAUAUCGUUUUGCUGGGAUUGCUCAUGGUCAGUCUAGGGUGCACCAUCAUAACUUUUAUGGCAUCAUACGAGAAUUAUCCUAGUGGUUAUGCUCUGAAGGACUUGCACAAGAAGGGCUCUCUUACAAACAAUUCAACUGAACGGUGGGUUCACAUUGAUCCCUUCUCAGCAAUGAAUGGAAUCUCCCGCUUUUGUGAAUACGAGUUUCCAUGGAGGUAUUGUAAAGAAGAAGGGAUACCUAUUCAAGAAUUUGACCAGACGAAUUUCACUUAUCUUCUGAAUGAGCAUUCAAACAUCCAUGGAUUCAAGUGUUUAUUUGCCGAAAGUGGGUUCUCCAGGGUUCGUCUUCAAAUUGGUAUUCCUCCCAUUUCACUGGUCAAAGAGCCCAAAGUAUUCAUUCAUGGAAAUAUCAGAAGCAAGGAUGUUAUGAAUAGAAAUUGGCCAGGUUGCUCAUGACUUUAUUGGGGAAGGGCCUACAGUAUUCGAUUGUUUGGUAGAAAUUGAAGAGGUCUCUCUCGAUGCAUCAAUCGGGAAUAUGCAUUUAUUUAUAUCUGGAUACAAUCACCAAAUCUCAAAAAUUUGUUUCCCUAUUCAAGGCUUUAGGCUGACCUGAAUCAAACUGAACUAGUAACUGAACUGGUCUUGUGGUAGGUAAUGAGGAGACCUUGACUGCAGGAAAGGGUUUUCAUCUUCCAACUAUUUUCACCCACAUCUGUAAUUCAUUGAAAUUGCUUGUCCAGUCCAGUCCAGUCCAAAACUGAGGGCAGGGCUCAUCAUAUGUGAGACUGAAUUCAAGGUUACACAGAGAUGGAUUACUGUCUGUACUGAAAACCUAACAAUUUGUCAAGAACUUCUGGGAAGUACAUCCAAGGUCCUGAAUUCAGCAGAAGAGCAAUGGUAGGUGGUUUUCAAUCACUACUGCAGACUUGUUUGAGCUGGUAUUUGAAAUUCUGCGUACAUCCUCUUAGUUGCAUCUACGUUGUAUCCCUCAUCAAAGACGAUUACUAGUUGGUGCAUUUGCGGUUUGUUUUUUGAUCAGCUAGAUUGGAAGUGAAGUUCAAUUGUGCAUGUUCUACAACAGCCAUGCUACAUGUAAAACAGGUCGACUGGCACUAGGAAGUUUGGUUGUCUCUCUCUUUGGAAUUAAAAGUGAUUUUCCUUUUUGCCUUGGUUCUCAGUUUCUGGACAAAAGGGAAUUAAAAUUUUGUUUUCCUACAUAUUUUGAAAUGAUUUCUUCCCUCUUCGUUGAUUAAA